GGAAGGACUUUCUGAAAGGUAGUAAUGUAUGCUGAAUUUUUUAAAAAAUAAUUAUAUGAAUCAGAGAAGAGUAAUGAAGUAGAUAUUAAGAGCAUUUCUUUUUUGAUGUUUACUUUUUUCUAUAUUUGUGGAAACAUGGAAAAAUGGGGAAAUGCAACCACAGUGACCGAAUUUGUGCUUGUUGGACUCUCUAAAAACUUCAAAGUUCGUGCUGGAUUGUUUGUCCUCUUCUUGGUUAUCUAUCUCAUUGCUGUAGCCAGCAAUGGCCUCAUAUUGGUGCUGAUUAUCAUAGAUUCUCACCUCCACACACCCAUGUAUUUUUUCCUCAGCAACCUCUCCUUUAUUGACAUCAGCUAUAUCACCACCUCUGUCCCACAGAUGCUGGUCCACUGCUUCAUGGACAGACCUACUAUCCCAUGGGGUAGAUGUUUUGCUCAGAUGUGUAGUGCUCUCAUUUUAGCUGUGGUGGAGUGUCUUUUGUUAGCUGUGAUGGCUUAUGACCGUUUUGUGGCAAUAUGUUACCCUCUGCGCUACAACCAGAUCAUGAGUCGCAAUUUAUGCAUCCAGCUGGCUGUGAGUGUGUGGGUCAGCGCUGUCCUUUUGACUAUUAUACCCUUUUUCACCAUGCAGGCAACUUUGUGUGGGCCAAAUGUGGUGAAUCAUUUCAAGUGUGAACUGCAGGCAGUUUUGAAACUGGCUUGCUCUGACACCCAUGCUAAUGGAAUUACCAUGAUGAUAACCAGUGUCUUUACCCUAGCAUUCCCCUUCUUCUUUAUCCUGGUGACCUAUGGCCGUAUUGGAUUUACUGUUUUGCAUAUUCAUUCGGCCCAAGGUCGGAGGAAAGCCUUGUCCACCUGUGGAUCUCAUCUCACGGUAGUGAGUAUAUAUUAUGGCACCAUCUUGGCCAUGUAUUUGAGGCCUCAAGCCAAGAUGUUCUCUGAUAGGGAAAAAGUGGUGGCAGUCUUUUAUGGAGUUGUGAUCCCCAUGUUAAACCCCAUCAUUUACAGCCUGAGGAACAGAGAUGUGAAGGGAGCCUUCUGCAGACUGGCUGGGAAGAAAGUAGAGGACUAAACCACCCAGGAACCAGGUUGAUAGAUCUUCCACAAGCAAGUCUUUUUUAUAUAUAUGGUUUUGUCAUUCUAUAAUUGAGGACCUUGUGAAGUGUCAUUCUCCAAGUAUUGUCAUAUACCACCUCUAUCCCCCUUUGUCCAUGCUAGCUAAAGCUGAUGAGUAAGAAAUCAUUGAAGAAUUGAGCUGAAUGCUACUGUGCAUAAUUUAAUAUUACAGAUAUGCUCAUGAUCAAUAUAAUUUGAAGCAGGGAGAAAAAAUAUAAAAUAUCAUCCUAUAAUUAUGAUACAAUAUUUCCAGAAAAAGAAUAGAUAAGAUCAGUACAAGAUCAACCUUCAAGAAACUGGGUGCAGCUGGAUUAAUCACAGAAGAUCUUAAAGGUUACAGUACAAAUAAAACCAGACAUGUUUCUUUUGGGAUUAAUACAGGCAACUAAAAAAAAAUCAUGGAAUUUUGUUUUUAUGUAUGAUAACUGCAGCAAUACCAUUAUAAACUCAAAGGGGGAAGAAUUGACCCUACCCACAAAGGAAGAAUGGCUGGUGAAGGUGAUGGAACUUGUAGAGGUGGCUAAAUUAAUCUUUGAUUAGAGAAAAAACAAUAUAUCUUUAACUGCCUAGAAACCUCUGCUGGAUCUUUUGCAUGAAACAGAAAAAAAAUGCUUUUGAUGACUGGAAAAAAAUGGAUAAUGGAAAUAAGUGAGUUUUUCUGUAUUCAUAGUUAAUAUUGUAGUUGUACUUAUAUUUGCAGCAGAAGAAAGUGGAAGCCUCUAUUUAUUUUGUUUCUCUCUUUUUGCACUUUUUCCUUUCUCUUUCUUCUUUCUUCCUUUCCUUCUUUGUCCUUUGCUUCUAUUACAGUUUAUUCAUUGUAUUAAUGUUUAUAUGUGUGUAUGUGUAUAUUUAUACGCAUAUACGUGUAUACAUAUAAUGCAGCAACAAUGUUAGUAUAUUGUUAGUAGUUUAAUAUCUGCCCCCCACCCCAACAACUUCAGUUAUUGUCUGACCAAGGAAAAGUGUCCUAUGAUUCUGAUCCCGUUGCAAAUAAAGAGGUAACUGGGCAUUUUCUUUCUUAGAAGGUGUCCGUAAAAAUAAGAGAUCUGUGGGGGGGGACUAGGAAGAAGUAUGCCGUUUUAAAGAAUUUUUAUUACAUGGAACCUUAUUUCCUAAAAAGUCACAGAGGUCUUAAGAAGAUAAUAAAAAAAAAAUUCUAAACAGUAUACCUAAGUAAGAGUGAACUAAAAUGGAAUAUAAAUGCAGAAAUAUUUCUUUGUUUAUUUAAUAAACAGCCACUAUGUAAUUAAAUACAGAGGAACAGCUUGGUUGAUGCACUGCUUUAAAGGGAAACUACUGAUUGUAUCUCAUACUUUGUGUUCAUACCACCAUCCUGUUAAAUAAAUUUUGAAUUACUUGUGCAAGUUA